CUGUGGGAUGUAAUUACCACAAAGAGGCAUUAUUCAAAUCACUGCCCACUACCUAAGGUAGCGCCAAAACUGAAUAACAACGCUACCGAGAACACGAAACGGCCGAGGUUCAACGAACUCAAGAAAAAGCAAUGUAUCUGAAGACUUGCUUGCUCAUUCUGCUCUGUCUUGGUCUCGUACAGGCGAGAGUGCACAGGAAUAUUCCCAACUUGUUUCGCAAGGGAUUUAGAGAGGAAUUACAAGUGAGAGAGGCUUUGAAGUGUUACUCCUGCCACGGAAGUAGCUCGAGUGACUGCGAAAAAAAGGAAAAAGAAUGCAAACAAGACAAUCCUGUCUGCAUGAAAGCAACCAAGUCAGGCUCCGCGUAUAUACUUCAGUGCGCUAGCAUGGAGUAUUAUAAGCAAUCCGUGGAGGAUUGUUCGGAUGGCACCUGUAUCGUGACCAAGUGUGAGACGUCUUUGUGUAAUGUAUAGUGAGAGACACCACAAUGUAGGUCGCCGUGAUGAGGGUGGAAAAAGAGAUUUUGGUUUCUCAUUUUUUCAUUUCAUUUCUAUGGGUUUCUGUUAACGCACCACUGAUUCACAUGUUACAGUUAACAUUUCGCUUUUUACAUUGAAAUAUUAAGAACAUUUGUAGACAGUUGUCAAGUCAAUAAAGCACUGAGAAAUGUC